CAGGGGAGAGAAGGAUAAGAGGUUGAGAAGGAGAGGAGGGGAGAGUGAUGGGAAUAGGGAGAGGAAAACAAACAGAAGGGAGUGGAAUGGGGGCCACUACAGGGAGCACCCGAUGAACCAGGACAGAAAGGGUUAGGAGCACCUAGCAAGCCAAGACCAAGGGUCAGGAGCACCUGGAGUCCCAGGGGAGCUGGCCGGAGUAAAGGGGAGAUAGUGAAGUGCAAUGGUCUAGAGCGACAAAGGGACUAGAAGGAGGAGACCCAGAAAUGGGGCUUUGAAACUGUGCAGUGUGAUAAAGACAAAAAUGAGGUGGCAGUCUCAGGAGGCUCUGACCAUAUAGCCUGGGAAGGGAGGUGGGGGACGUUAAAUCAUGCUGGGCUCCAUGAGGGCACAGGAUAUGUGCUUUCAUCAAAGCUUGUCUCAUUCCAUCUUCACAUCAGCCCCGGAGAUGAGUGCUGUUGGUAUCGUUUUUUCACAGAUGGGGUAACUGAGACUCAGAAAAGUGAAGUAACUUGUCCAAGGUCACAGAGCAGGUGAGCACCCAGGUUGGCGCUAUGGCGGGGCUGGGUACCUGGAGCCUGACCAGAGUGGUCCUGAUCGUCCUUCUCCUCCCUGGAAGCCUUGCCGAGUGUGGGCACAUCAGCCUCUCAGACUCCAUCGUCCGCCUGGGGGAUCCCGUCACAGCCUCCUGCGUCAUUGGCCAGAACUGCAACCACCUGGACCCAGAGUCAGAGAUUCUGUGGAAACUGGAAUCAGAGCUUCAACCUGGAGGAAGACAGCAGCGCCUACCUGAUGGGACCCGGGUGUCCACCAUUACCCUGCCCCACCUCAACCACACUCAGGCACGUCUCUCCUGCUGCAUUCUCUGGGGCAACAGCCUGCAGAUCCUGGACCAAGUAGAGCUGCAGGCAGGCUAUCCUCCCCCAACACCGUACAACCUGUCCUGCCUCAUGAACCUCACAACCAAUAGCUUCAUCUGCCAGUGGGAGCCAGGACCGGACCCUCAUCUGCCCACCAACUUCACCCUAAAGAGCUUCAAGAGCCGGGGCAAAUGCCAGACCCAAGAGGAGCCCAUUCAGGAAUGUGUGCCUGAGGCCAGGCAAAGUCACUGCUCCAUCCAACGAAAACACCUACUGUUGUACCAGAGUCUGGUCGUCUGGGUGCAGGCAGAGAAUGCACUGGGGACCAGCUUGUCCCCACAAAUGUGCUUUCAUCCCAUAGACCUCGUGAAACUGGAGCCCCCCACACUGGGGACCCUGGACCCCAGCCCUGAGGGGGCCCCAGCCCAGCCAGACUGUCUGUGCUUUCACUGGGAGUCAUGGAAGCCAAGCCUGUACAUGGAACAGAAGUGUGAGCUGCGCUACCAGCCACAGCUUGGAGAAGCCAGCUGGGCCCUGGUGACCCCCUUGCCCUCCAGGACCCUCCACCACAAGCUCUGUGGCCUUCUCCCAGCCACAGCCUACACCCUGCAGAUGCGCUGCACCCGCUGGCCCCUGCCAGGCCACUGGAGUGACUGGAGUCCCAGCCUGGAGCUGAAAACCACAGAACGGGCCCCAAUCGUCAGACUGGACACAUGGUGGCGGCAGAGGCAGCUGGACCCCAGGACUGUGAAUGUGCAGCUGUUCUGGAAGCCAAUGCCCCUGGAGGAAGACAGUGGGCGGAUCCAAGGGUACCUGGUUUCCUGGAGACCCUCAGGCCAGGUUGGGGCAGUCCAACUCUGCAACACCACUGAGUUAAACUGCACUUUCCACCUGCCUUUGGAAGCCUGGGAGGUGGCCCUUGUGGCCUACAACACAGGCGGGAACUCUCACCCCACCUCCGUGGUCUUCAUGGAGAGCAGAGGCCCACCACUGGCCAGACUCCAUGCCGUGGCCCGAGAUCCUCACAGCAUCUGGGUGGGCUGGGACUCCCCCAGCUCCCAGCCUCAGGCCUACGUGAUUGAGUGGGGUCUGGGUCCCCCCAGCCCCAGUGGCAGCAAUAAAACCUGGAGGAUGGAGCAUAAUGGGAACAUCACAGGGACUUUGCUACAAGAGAACAUCAAGCCCUUUGAGCUCUAUGAGAUCACUGUGACACCGCUGUACCAGGACACCAUGGGACCCUCCCAGCACAUCUAUGCCUACUCUCAAGAGAAGGCCCCCUCCCAUGCUCCAGAGCUGCAUCUAAAGCACAUUGGCAAGACCUGGGCCGAGCUGGAGUGGGUGCCUGAGGCCCCUGAGCUGGGGAAGAGCCCCCUUACACACUAUACCAUCUUCUGGACCAAGGCUCAGAAGCAAUCUUUCUCCACCGUCCUGAAUGCCUCUUCCUGGAACUUUGUCCUCCGUGGCCUGGAGCCUGCCAGCUUGUAUCAUGUUCACCUCAUGGCCACCAGCCGGGGCGGGGCCACCAACAAUACAGGCCUCACCCUGAUGACCUUGGCCCUGGAUGAGUCUGAGCUGCACAUCCUCCUGGGUCUGUUUGCCCUUCUGCUCUUGCUCAUCUCCCUCUGUGGGGCUGCCUGGCUCUGCUGUAGUCCCAGCAGGAAGAAUCAUCUCUGGCCAAGUGUCCCAGACCCAGCCCGUAGCAGCCUGAGCGCCUGGGUGCCCACUAUCAUGGCAGAGGAGACCUUCCAGCUGCCCAGCCUUCGGGACCCCAGCAUGCCCCCCAUCGCCAAGAUCACAGUGCUGGAGGAGGAGGAGAAGAAGCCAGGGCCCUGGGAGUCCAGUGACAACUCGGGGACCUGUGGCGUCCCCACCCUGGUCCAGGCCUAUGUGCUUCAGGGGGGACCAAGAGAAGCUUCCACUCAGCCCCAGCCCCAGUCUAGCACCAAUGACCAGGUCCUUUAUGGGCAGGUGUUGGAGAGCCCCACAAGCCCAGGGCCAGGGCACUACCUCCGCUGUGACUCCACUCAGCCCCUCUUGGGGGGCCUCACCCCCAGCCCCAAGUCCUAUGAGAACCUCUGGUUCCAGACCAGCCCUCUGGGAGCCCCAGUGUCCCCAUCCCCAAGCCAGGAGGAUGACUGUAUCUUUGGGCCACUGCUGGACUUCCCCCUGCUACAGGGCCUCCGGAUUCAUGGGGUGGAGGGAAUGGGAGGCUUUUAGGGCUUCCUGGGACUGCCCCAUCUGGCUGGGCCUGCCCCCUGAGGGGCCUGGGCUGUCUACAAGAGAGGGUCUGGUCAGUAAGCUAAAAACCACCCCAGUCUCAGGAAUGCCAGAGGCUCCUCUCAGUCUCCUAUAUUCCUGGUCUCCAUCACCCCUCUGCAUAUGUCCUGUCUCUGUGGACUGGGCCUCCCAGGCAACCUGCACACUUUAAGAAUGUGCAGCCCCACCCACUAGCCUUUUGUACUUGCUUCCUGUAAUUUUGGUCUCUUAAACUGUUUUUUUCUUUCUUAAGAAA